UGUUCUGCGCAUGCUCGCAGCCACGUUCACUCACUCUGCUCACAAUCAGGCGUUAUGGCGGAUGUACUGGACCUUCAUGAAGCGGGAGGUGAAGACUUUCCUAUGGACGAGGAUGGCGACGAGAGCAUUCACAAGUUAAAAGAGAAAGCCAAGAAGAGGAAGGGUCGUGGGUUUGGAUCAGAGGAGGGAGCGAGAUCUAGAGUCAGAGAGGACUAUGACACUGUAGAACAGGAUGGAGAUGAGCCAGGGCCACAGAGAUCUGUUGAAGGAUGGAUUCUGUUUGUGACUGGUGUGCAUGAAGAGGCGACCGAAGAGGAUGUCCACGAUAAGUUUGCAGAGUAUGGCGAGAUUAAAAACGUGCAUUUAAAUUUGGACAGAAGAACCGGUUACCUUAAGGGCUAUGCACUGGUGGAGUACGAGACCUACAAAGAAGCCCAGGCAGCAAUGGAAGGGCUGAAUGGCCAGGACCUUAUGGGGCAACCAAUCAGCGUUGACUGGUGCUUUGUAAGAGGACCCCCUAAGAGUAAGAGGAGGGGUGGAAGAAGACGCAGCAGGAGCCCUGACAGGCGGCGACGUUGAUUUUCCAAGUUUUUGACUCCAGUGUCUGUUUCCCAGCAAGGGUGGCAUUGUUUUUCAAGAUAGUUCGGAGUAAGAUUGGAGUGGCGUGUAUCUCUUUAAAUUGAGGCUUUUAGUGUUUUUGAGGGGGGGGGG